AUGCGAAGAGAAGAGCCUCUCUUGAGCCGAGUCUGGGUCCUCCAGGAACGUGUUCUAGCACGCCGCACGAUACACUUCGCGAGCUACCAAAUGCAAUGGGAGUGCUCGGAGCAAGUCCUUACCGAAGACGGAUACAUCGAAGACUAUAAAGCAUGUGAAGAGAUCUCAUUGGAACGGAUCGCGCAGGGACUCAAGAGCAUGAAGGACGCGCCAGUGCUACGAGACACUCAACGAUCCCAGAACACAGAGGUCACAUGGAGGUUCAACCCAGCAUGGCGCGUAUGGUCGCGCUUGAUCGAAGAGUACACGUCUCGCAACAUGACCUUUCAAACCGACAAACUACCCGCACUUUCUGGAGUCAUCUCGGCGCUACAGAAGCUCACUGGCGACGUCUGCCUCGCCGGUAUCUGGAAAAGCUGGUUCCUUCAAGGCUUACUUUGGCGCCUGCAGAUACCCGACUGGGACGAAUACGUCUUCUUUCCCAAGACGCCACAGCGAACCGACGCUUGGAGAGCACCGUCAUGGUCAUUUGCGUCUGUAGAAGGCGUUGUAGUCUACAAUGCACUUGACCACGAUCCCGGCCAGGAGACAUGCGCGGAACUGCUGGAAUGCGACGUUUGUCCCAAGGGAGUCAACCCGCUCGGUGAAUUGACCACGGGAUUUGCGAAGAUCAAGGCACCGGUCGCUGCAGUGUUUGAUGUAGCGCCUGAGCUAUCGGAAACCGGGAGAGGAUGCAAAGUCCGCAUGACAAACGACAUUAUUGCAGAAGGUAGUAUAUGGUUCGACGUUGAAGUGCACGACUUUUGUCAAGUGCUUAUGAUCACGCCUCAUACGGGCAUUGCUAUCGUACCAGUCAACGCGGCCGAAAAGACGUACACACGAGUCGGGGUGGUCACGGUGUUCAGGUUUCACGAGUCCACGAGCGAAGCUUUUACUCGCGACGACACGGCUUUCAUGAGUCGCGACAGGUCGAUCACGUCGUCUCAUUACCCAAGUCCGGAGAUCAUCACCCUACUAUAA